AUGAUGUCCAUGAACAGCAAGCAGCCCCACUUCGCCAUGCACCCCACCCUCCCCGAGCACAAGUACCCGUCGCUGCACUCCAGCUCGGAAGCAAUAAGGCGAGCGUGUCUCCCAACUCCGCCGCUGCAGAGCAACAUCUUCGCCAGCCUGGAUGAGACGCUGCUGGCGCGGGCAGAGGCUCUGGCGGCUGUGGACAUCGCCGUCUCGCAAAGCAAGAGCCACCCCUUCAAGCCAGACGCCACCUAUCACACCAUGAACAGCGUGCCGUGCACCUCCACCUCCACCGUGCCGCUGGGCCAUCACCACCAUCACCACCACCACCACCACCACCAGGCGCUGGAGCCCGGCGACCUCCUGGAGCACAUCAGCUCGCCUUCGCUGGCGCUCAUGACCGGCGGCGGGGGCCACGAGGGAGCGGGCGGCGGGGGCGGAGGAGGCGGAGGAGGCGGCGGCGGCGGCGGGGGCCUGAUCUCCACCUCUGCCCACCCGCACUCGCAUAUGCAUGGCCUGGGGCACUUGGCGCAUCCCGCGGCCGCGGCGGCCAUGAACAUGCCUUCGGGGCUGCCGCACCCGGGGCUGGUGGCGGCCCACCACGGCGGCGCGGCAGGGCAGGCGGCCGCAGCGGCGGCGGCGGCGGUGGGCGCGGCGGGCCUGGCCUCCAUCUGCGACUCGGACACGGACCCGCGCGAGCUGGAGGCCUUCGCCGAGCGCUUCAAGCAGCGGCGCAUCAAGCUUGGCGUGACGCAGGCCGACGUGGGCUCGGCGCUGGCCAACCUUAAGAUCCCCGGCGUGGGCUCGCUGAGCCAGAGCACCAUCUGCCGCUUCGAGUCGCUCACGCUGUCGCACAACAACAUGAUCGCGCUCAAGCCCAUCCUGCAGGCCUGGCUGGAGGAGGCCGAGGGCGCCCAGCGCGAGAAAAUGAACAAGCCCGAGCUUUUCAACGGGGGCGAGAAAAAGCGCAAGCGGACUUCCAUCGCCGCGCCGGAGAAGCGCUCCCUCGAGGCGUAUUUCGCCGUCCAGCCGCGGCCCUCCUCGGAGAAGAUCGCGGCCAUCGCCGAGAAAUUGGACCUCAAAAAGAACGUGGUGCGGGUUUGGUUUUGCAACCAGAGACAGAAGCAAAAAAGGAUGAAAUUUUCCGCCACCUAUUAA